AUGGAAGGUGAAGACUCGAUACAACUCAUAAGAGAAGACCUUGAUAUGCUUCUUAAUUCAAGAGAAUGGCUUUCUUUUUUAUCUUCUUUAUCGAAUGAUUACAGUGAUCUUAAUAACUAUAUCGAUCUUGAUAGACUAACAACCAACAUAUCGAAUGGGGUUUAUGAUCGCAUGUAUCCAUUCACACAUUUCAAUAAUAACAUAAUUUGUGAUUCAUUUCAACAUAAGCCUUCGAUUUCUUUCCUCAAAUUUUUAGUGACAAAUAUUGCAGAUCGUUUAGUAUCAAAUUAUCUUGACACAAUCAUAUCAAAGCAUUCAAAAAUUUUAUUAGAUUUAAAACUGAACACAGUAAUGAACACUAAUCAAAAAGAUAUAAUAGCACAAUCAGCUUUGAGAACAGCUUUCUUAACAAAGAACAAAGAAACAAUUAAACUUCUUCAGUAUUUAAAUGAAUCAACAAUCAAAUCAAUUUUUAAAUUUUUAUGCCAAGAAAAUGAGAAAUUCUCAAUGGAAAUUUUAUCACAAACAUUCUCAGCAACACACUUUAAUAUAUUAAGGGAAGAAGCUGAUAAUUCAUUGAAGAAUGGAAAACUUUUAAACGUCAAUUUCAUUUUAGAUUUUCUAGAGAAAAAUGAUACAAAAUUAUUUACUUAUUCUGAUGCUUUUAGAAAGAUAUUUGAUAAACUAAGCUGCCAAGAGUUAAGUGAUGUAUUAGUAUCUCGUGCUUCAGUAACAAGGGUUGAUAUAAUGCAAGUACAAGCAGCGAUGUUGAACCCAAUUGAUGCAGCACCUCUUCGGAAAACAUUGCAGAAAUAUAAUGAUCCAAAAAACACUUUUUCUGAUGAACAAUUGAGAUUAUUUGGUAACAUGUUCGAGACAAAGAAAGAAAUACCAUCAAUUAUAAUGCAGAUGUAUGUUGUUGAUAGAAUGACAUUAGAGAAAUCAGUAAUUCCAGCAAUGGAAAACUUAGCCGGCAGAGAUAAAAAUAUUUCUUCAUUAUUGGAUGAAAUGAGAAAACAAAAGAUGAUUAUUAAGCCAAAAAAAUCUCCAUUAAAGUUAUUUUUUACAAAAGAUGUAUCAUUCGAAGCAUUAGUUAAUUGUAUUGACGAGUUAUCUUUGAAAGAUAGUAACUUUGCAAGUGAUUUAUUCGAUUGUUUUAAUAAUUGUCUUUACAAAAGACAUCGUGAUGACAUUAAGAAGUUUAUGAUAGAUUUUGAUAGUAGAUUCCUCAAAUGUUUAAGUGCUAAAAGCCUAAUGGUUUUAUCAGAGAAAUGCGUUGAUUAUCUUUGCAGUGAUUUGAUUUUACAACACAGAUUUUCUUUGGCAACGAUCGCUUUAAGAUUACCAAUACAAAAUUACUAUCAAAAAAUCUUUGACUCCGGAAAAGAAAACGAAGUUAGAACAUUAGCAGCAUUACAUGAUAGCAGUAUUGCAACGGCAGAUUAUAUUAAGCUUAGGGAAACAAGGUUUAUUAAUGAUGGAGAUCCAAUAAGUUUGGCAGUUAUGGAUAAAGAAAUAGUUUUAAGAUAUAGAUGGAGAUAUUUAAGAGGAGAUGCAAUGACAUUCGUUUAUGGAUUACCGGAACAUGCAGAACUAUGCGAAGAUGAUGAAGAACUAUUCUUGAAAUGGGAAUUGCAAGAAAAAAAUGCGAAUAUGAAUAGAGAAGAAAUUAUUGAAAAGUUGGGAAUCAAAAACACAGAAAAGAAUUUCGAAAUAAUUUUGUCAACCAAAGAAAUCGAAGAAACAGCUCUCCGAGCAUUAAUUCCUUUAUUUAGAGAUGUCAAAAUAUCUUCAUUACCAACAUUUGUUAAUAUUAAGUCGGCAAGUUGUUUUCCAUUGAUAUGGAAUGUUAAUAUUUUAAAAAUGGAAUCAUUCCAACAAGAAUUAAGAAAAUUUCCAAUUGAAACUGCGAAAUCAUUUAUUAAAUUCGUUCCAGAUGGUUAUGAAGCAAUCGUUGAACAGUUUCCAACUAUUAUUGCUUGCGUUUGUGUUAAUGAAAUACAAACAACAUAUGAAGUAUUUGACAAAGCAUCAUUAUCAAUCAGAAGAUCUUAUGAUUUCUCUAAUGAAUCAUUUCCUUUCGUAUUAGCUGUUGUUUGUACAAUGUUCAUGAAAGAACAAGACUUAAAUCCAUUUGAAUAUAACUUUGAAAACUGGAAAAAGGCAUUUGUUUUCUUUAGCAUAAUGAGGAAACAGUACAACAAAGCAAUUCAGAUACUUGAAAAAGAUAUUAAUAUUUGUGCUGUUCUGUUAAGAAAUGAAUGCGAGCAGUUACAUUUUUGCAAUAGAGGAUCAUGGGCAAUAAAUACAGUUAAAUUUAUUUUGUAUUGCGCAUCAAUUGACUUCUAUAUUGAUUCUCCUGUAUGGAGACACCUAAUAGACUGCUGCAGAUAUGUACCAUGGCCACAAGAAAUGGCUGAUGAUGAUUGCGUUUUUGCAACUUUUGAAACAUAUGUAAAUCUUCAUCAACAAAACUCUGAAAUGAAUUAA